AUGGGUGACUCGAGGACGUUCUCGCCCUUUCUUCGCGUUGCUCUCAAGGCCGUGCUGACGGACACUAUAACCGACUUUUCGGCCCUCCACAAGGCUGCCUCCUGUGGUGCAACCCUACCAGAGAAGUCACUCAACAAAACAGACGCAGACACUGAUGCCUCUAACCCCGACAAUCUGCUUCAGGAGCUGAACAAGGUGUUUUUUGAGACCCUCAUUCGAUUUGAAAAGUGUCGACGCGAAGACUACAUCGAACUGGAGGAUGGAAACUUCCGCAAAUUGAGCGAUGAUGAGAGCAUGCUACGCACCUUUCUUGAGGAGGUGGCCAAGGUGAUUGAAAUCCUGAAGCUCCUCACUAACGAAAUUGAGGACAGAGGCACAUGCCAUUCCCUGGAAACCCAGUGUGAUAUUAAACAGGCCUCAGUUGACAUUCUGGUCGAUUUGGCCGAGAGCUCCAUGGAGAAAGAGGAGCUCAUUGAGGAUCUAAGGCGUCGGAUUAGCCUCGCCGGGGUUGAAUUCGCAAAACAGAAGGAACUCUACCUCAGCGCACUGAAACGCAUGCGUAACGAAUGGCAGGAAGGUCGCCAAUUGGCUGAAAUGACCAUCAAGUACCUGAAGGCGACUUACAAACAGCGUGCAAACGUUCACACGGCAGCCUGCAACGCGAACGCUCGCCAGCUGAUCGAUGAGACAGCCCUACUGCGGAAGAAGAUUGGUCAGGAGAAGCGAGAGUUUGCCGAGUGCAUGACCUGGCUUUUCACAGAACUCGACACGGAGGCCAAUCGACUCAGGUACCUGCAGGGCCGCAACGACGUUGAAGAGUUGUCAAAAAGACUGGAAAAAAUGGAGGAAGACUUAGCCAAGGAGACGGAAGAACACACUGCUUUGAAGAAGGAAUUUGCGCACUGCGAGGCGGUUGUCACAGAAUACCGACUUGAACAGGAGAAAAAGAGACUGCAGGAGGAAUAUCAGCACAAGAUGACGAUAUGUGUUCUGCAGGUUCAGUGCUGGUGGAGAACCAUGAUUGAAAUCAGAGGCAUCAAACUCAAAAGGAAGAGAGGCAAAGGCAAGGGUAAGAAGAAGUAA